AAAAUAAAAUGAUGAAUGAAUGUAAAAAUAUUUUUGCAACAAUUGUGACAGCUGCUGAUGAUAGUGGUGAAAAUAUUUCUUCACAAGUCCAAGAUACAACAAGCACUACUAAAGAAGAGAAAGAUAACCCGGUUAAAUUGAAUGAUGACCAACAGAAUAUGGGACAACAUCGUUUAGAAAUUGUUGUUGACGAUAGUGAUGAUGAGUAUGGCAUUAAUAAUCAAUCAUCGAAAAAUGAAACAAAUAAUCAUCAAUUAGAACAACAUGUUCUGCCAGUAUUAUCCGAAACACAACAAAAAGACGAUAAUUUAAAUAAGGAAGAAGAAAUAACAACUAGUCAAACAGAAACAACAACAACAACGACUCCCAGUCAAACAUUCCAGUCUACAUCAGACAUUGAUCUUGCAAGCCCAGGGGAAGCCGAAGGUAGAAAACAAACUGAAAGUGAAACUACUGUACAGCAGCAUGAUGCAACGGAUAACGAUCUUAAUAAUAAAGCGGAAACUAGUACAGCAACAAAAACAGAAGAAGCACUAAUCACAUCUGUGUCUACCCCGAAGCAACAGUCAGGCAAAGAAAAAGGUAAGAAAGCGUAA